UGUCUACCAUCUAUACUGUUUUCUUCUGAGCAUAUCAGGAAUAGUCAUGCAAUCAACGGCAAUCAAGUCGCCUGCUCAGAUAACUACAUUGCUAGCAAUCGUGUUAAUUUGCACUAGCUACAUGAACGCUUACAGACAUGUUAUUUGUCAUCUAGCUAGCUACAUUAGUUAGCACCUCCACAUGUCCGUGUUCUCCCAGAGUUUCUCUCCCUGUGGUCGUUUCCUAGCCGCCGGCAACAACUACGGCGAGAUAGCGGUGUUCAGUCUCUCCUCAGCGCUUAGCCCAGAUGCUACAGAUCUGAGCCAGAAACCCAUCCUCACAUUUACUGCUCACGAGGGGCCCGUCUUCUCUCUCCUUUCCACGGACUCUCACCUCCUGAGUGCCGGCAAUGGCGAGAUCAGCGCCUGGAGCUGGGCGGAGCUUAUCAAGCGGAAUACCAAGGCUGCUUGGACAAAGAGGCCGAAUUACAAAUCCAGCCUGGAGAUCCCAGAGAUCAAUGCCAUGACUAUCAAUCCCACUGAGAACAGUCUAGUGAUUGGUGGAGGGGACAAUAACAUCCACAUAAUGGAUCUGGAAAGUGGCGUCUUUAAGUCAGUUCUGCAGGGUCAUACAGACUACAUCCACUGUCUGAGUGUGAGAGAGAGGGAGGGGGAGAUCCUCUCUGGGAGUGAGGACGGCGCUGUCAGGAUAUGGGACUACAGGACUGGCCAAUCCGUACACUGCAUUGAGGUCUACAAAUAUGAGGAAUGUGCCCGCCCCCAAUAUGGCAAGUGGAUCAGCUGCCUGACGACCGACUCUGAUUGGAUGCUCUGUGGAGGAGGCCCAUCCCUUUCCCUAUGGCACCUCCGCUCCAUGUCACCCACCUCCAUCUUCCCUCUCUCCGGAUGCCAGCGACAAGCCAACUUUUACCAGGACAUGAUCUUGUCGGUGGGUGAGGGCCAGUGUGUGUCCCACUGUCUCCUCGGGGGAGAGGUAAAGGCUCAGAUCCCCUGCACCCCCCACUCCCUCAACACGCUGGCACUGAACCUCAACAGCACUGAACACAGGGUGCUGACAGUAGGUGGAAGCAGUCACCAGAUGGACGUAUUCACCAACCUGUCCUACAGAACCUUCUCGCUGUCUUUCUGAGGACACACACACAACCCGAUUUGAGCUCAUAAUGUGCUAUUUCUUGAUUAAUUGUACUACACUAUUGUGUAUAUAACUCAUGCCUCUCUUGUCCAAAGGACUCCCAUUCCAGGAUUCAUCCUGAUGUGUUUUUAUGAUAAUAAAAUAUUUUGCUCACUUUUCCAUA